AUGAACAAGUGGAACAAAUAAUAAAGUUAGAAUUUAUAAGAAAAACGAAUUCAACAUGUUAAAGCUUAAGUACUUUUGUCAAAUAAGAAGAAAUCAACUAAAAUUAAUGAAUCAAUAAACUUAAUGAAUUCAUCUAUUUCAGGAUUCACCAAUAAAGAAAAAGAAGAUAAAGAAUCUAUACCUCUAUACAAAUUGUUGAAAAUUUAUAAUUUAUAGUAAUAUGCCCAAUAAUUAAUAUAAGAGGAUAUGGAUAUGAUUUAAUUAAAUUUGCGAUGCUCUCAGAUAAUGUCAUCCACUAAAAAAAUGAUUAAAACUAUUUUGCAAACUCCUCUCAAUUAAUCUAAAUUUCGAAACACUAGUUCUACAAAAAAAAACGCUAAACUCAUAACUCAGUAAAAACAAAAAACUAGUCAAAAUUAAAGAAUAAUAGCUCUACAAUAGUUAUAAAAACAAUAACAAGUAAAAGUUAAUCAAUUAAAGCAAAUGAUAAUUACCAACAUAGGUUUUGAUUUUUUUUAAGAUGAGAGUGAUUCUGAAGAUGAAUUUAAUUACACAUUAAAUUAAAUUAUGGAAAAAUAUAAAGGUGACUCAUAAUUAAUAUGGUAAAUCAAUCUUAAAAAAACUAAUAAUUUUAUUUAAACUUCAACACUUUCAUUAUUAUCUGACAGUAGUAGAGCACAUACAAAAAUUAAAGCCAAAGAUGAUAUUAUUUUAGUUAGUAAAUUUCAUGAUGAUAAAAUUAUGACUGAAAUUAAAGAAAAUAAGUAUUACAACACUAUUAUUAUAAAGGUUGAUUCAAAAUUUAGAAAAAAAAUUAAAAAAGAAGAUGAAAAAUUAACAGAUUGGUAGAUGUCUUAAAUUAAACAUAUGA